AUGUUCUAUUUAUUAUUGGAAUCUCGAGAUCUUCCGUCAAGAAAUGCGCCUCUAAUUAUUUGGUUCAACGGCGGUCCCGGUUGCUCAUCUCUUACUGCUUUCUUCUUCGAAUUCGGACCAUUCUAUAUUGAAUAUAAUAGCCAAAAUUUAUUUGAAAAUCCAUAUGCAUGGAAUCAUAAAGCAAAUAUAUUGUUUUUGGAAUCACCGAUUGGCGUCGGAUUUUCAUACGAUACGAACGUUGCGAAUUAUUCGAAAGCCGACGACGAGACGACGGCGAAUCAGAAUCUACGAGCUAUUCAAGAUUUCUUUAAUCAUAAACACCCUGAAUAUCGCCAAAAUGAUUAUUUCAUCGGUGCGGAAUCAUACGGGGGAGUAUAUGGUCCGAUGGUUUCGGCUCUUCUCGCAAACGAAAUUGCGAAGAAAACAUUUCCUAAUGAUAAAUUCAAGGGUUUGCUCAUAGGAAAUGGAUUUAUGAAUGUCAAAUUAACGACAAAUACAAUGGUUUUGUGGAAUGCGUAUCACGCAAGAACAUCGCCUGACGAAUGGGAACGAAUCAAAAGAGUUUGUCGAACAUCUGGAGCUCGAGAUGUCGACGAAUACGAUUUCACGAAAUUUAUGACAACAUCGAACAAUAUGGAUUAUUUUGGAAAUAAUAAGACAGAAUGUGGACGAUUAUUGAAGAUUUUAAUAGGAAAUGUAUCAGAAUACGAAGGCUAUGACUUUUAUAAUUUCUACAGUGAUUGCUACUAUAAUUUUUCGAAACCAAAUGCAAAAGAUCCAGUUGAAGAAACACUUCGUUUAUUGCCUAUAAAGAGAGCUUCGGCAUUAUUGAAUAGAUACUCAACUGAUGGACCACUUGCUUAUAAAUGUUGGGGCAUCGGCGCAUUGGACAAGUAUUUGAAGAGAAAAAAUGUGAUGCGAUCUCUGAAUAUUGAUGAUAAAUGGAUGAAAACUACGAAAGAAUGGAGUGUUUGCAAUGACAAAAUGUAUGAAAAUUAUACAAUGAAAUAUCAAGAUAUGACACCAUUUUUCGAGCAAAUCUUUCGCAAUUUAACGGGAAAAUCGUUUCAAAUUCUCAUUUACAACGGAGAUGUCGACAUCGCCUGCAAUUAUUUGGCAGAUCAGUAUUUUGUGAGGAAUUUGGCGAAAAGGAACGCCUUCAAAAAGACUCAAUCACACCAACCUUGGUAUUAUUCGAAGAAUCGCGUCAUUGGUGGCUAUUUUAUGCGAUAUGAGGGCUCGAAUCCUCUCACAACCCAUAUUUCUAUCGAUGUUGUUAGUAUCAGGGGAGCUGGUCAUUUUGUAGCACUUGAUCGACCGGCUCGUGAUGUUCUCAUUAGGAAUGCGCCUUUAAUUAUUUGGUUCAACGGCGGUCCCGGUUGCUCGUCACUGUCGGCAUUUUUCGAAGAAUUCGGACCAGUUUUCGUUAAUUAUGAAAAUGAUACACUAUUUGAAAAUCCGUAUGCAUGGAAUCAUAAAGCAAAUAUAUUGUUUUUGGAAUCACCGAUUGGCGUCGGAUUUUCAUACGAUACGAACGUUGCGAAUUAUUCGAAAGCCGACGACGAGACGACGGCGAAUCAGAAUCUGCGAGCUAUUCAAGAUUUCUUCAUCAACAAACAUCCUGAAUAUCAGACCAACGAGUUCUUCAUUUCCGGAGAAUCAUAUGCUGGAUUGUAUGUACCAAUGGUAUCGGCGCUUGUUGCAAAAAAGAUUGCAGCGCGAACAUUCCCAAAUCCAAAUUUCAAGGGAAUUUUCAUAGGAAAUGGUUUUAUGAAUGUCAAAUUAACGACAAAUACAAUGGUUUUGUGGAAUGCGUAUCACGCAAGAACAUCGCCUGACGAAUGGGAACAAAUCAAAAGAGUUUGUCGAACAUCUGGAGCUCGAGAUGUCGACGAAUACGAUUUUACGAAGUUCAUGAUAACAAGAAACAAUAUGGACUAUUUUGGAAAUAAUAAAACCGAAUGUGGUAGAUUAUUGAAACCUUUAAUAGCAACAUAUACUACCGAUUGGCAGGGAUUCAAUUUCUUCAAUUUCUACGAUGAUUGCUAUUACAAUUUCACGGCAAAAAAUGUUGAAAAUCCAAUUAAAAAAUCAGUCGAUGAAGUACGUCGAAAAGGAAUUUCGGCGUUGAUGAAUCGAUUCUCGACAGAUGGCCAAUUCGCGUAUUCGUGUUGGUCCGACAUUGCCGUCAAACAUUAUCUGAAUAGGAGAGAUGUUCAAAAAGCAUUAAAGAUUGAUGAGAAAUGGAUUGAAAGAAACGAAAUGUGGAACGUUUGCAACGAUCGAAUGUACGAUGAUUAUAAGAUGAAAUAUCAAGAUAUGACACCAUUUUUCGAGCAAAUCUUUCGCAAUUUAACGGGAAAAUCGUUUCAAAUUCUCAUUUACAACGGAGAUGUCGACAUCGCCUGCAAUUAUUUGGCAGAUCAGUAUUUUGUGAGGAAUUUGGCGAAAAGGAACGCCUUCAAAAAGACUCAAUCACACCAACCUUGGUAUUAUUCGAAGAAUCGCGUCAUUGGUGGCUAUUUUAUGCGAUAUGAGGGCUCGAAUCCUCUCACAACCCAUAUUUCUAUCGAUGUUAUCACCGUAAAAGGUUCCGGCCAUUUUGUUCCACUCGAUCGUCCUGGUCCUGCUCUUCAAAUGUUUAAUAAUUUCGUGCAAGCUCGCUCUCCAAAUAUGGCCAAUUACAGUGUGGAAGUGUCAGUUUGA